AUGUCAAAUUUCACUUGUCUUUUGACACAGCACUGCGAGGAGAAGUUCAACCGUGCCAAGCUCAUGAACAUUGGCUACACAGAGGCCCUCAAGGAGUAUGACUACAACUGCUUUAUCUUCAGCGAUGUGAACCUCAUUCCAAUUGACGAUCGAAACAUCUCCAAGUGCUACAGCCAGCCCAGGCACCUUUCUGCGUUCAUCGAUAAAUUUGGAUUUAGGUUGCUAUACAGCCAAAACUUUGGAGGCGUCUCAUCAUUCAGUAAGGAGCAAUUUAAAAAGAUCAACGGCUUCCCCAACAACUACUGGAGCUGGGGUGGUGAGGACGAUGACUUUUUUGGCAGGAUUAUUUUUUGUGGCAUGAACCUGUCCCGGCCUAACAAGCUCAUCGGAAGAUACCAUAUGAUCGCCCAUGACAAGGACAAGAAGAAUGACCCCAACCCUCAUAGGUUUGACCGAAUGAAUAACACCAGAUUUACAAUGGACUCUGAUGGCCUCAACUCCUUGAAUUACAAAGUGAUUGAAGUUCAAAAGCAGCCUUUAUACACUAAAGUCAUUGUAGAUGUGGGCACCCCCUCCCUUUAA